AUGUCAGUGUUUGAGUAUGAGCACAAAUUUAAUGAGCUGUCCCGGUUUGCACAUGAGUUGGUAACCAUAAAGGAAGACAAGUGCACACGUUUUGAAGAGGGUCUGUGGUUAGACAUUCAGGCUGUGGUCACUGCUACUACAUAUCCUACCAUGAGAGCCUUGGCCCAAGCAGCAGAUAGGGUGGCCAAGACGUACAAUCUGGGUGCAGGUAUUGGUAGGCGUCGCAGGGACUCAGCAGGUUUUGGUGGGCCCAGUCAAGGUCCAUCAAAGAGGGGUGGAUCCAGCUCUAGUUCUGCCAGUAAUGCUUGGAGCCAGCACUCGGGACAACAAUCGGUGGGCAGUACAACCAGGGACCCUCAGCGGCAGUUUAUUGCGACUUGUUACAGGUGUGGGCAGGCAGGACAUGUUAGGAAGGAUUGCCCAAACCGUGGACAGGCUCGUGGCUCUAACCAGAGAGGCGGAGUGACAUGUUUCCAUUGUGGGCAGGUAGGGCACUAUAAGAGUGCGUGCCCCCUCCUUACUGAUGUUGGUACUAUGGCAAAGGAGAUUGGGGCCCAGCAGGGGCAAGGCAGUAGAGCUCAGGGUCAGACACAGAGUGGUCCAUCGUCGUCUGCAGCGGGUUCGUCAUCGAGUAGUGGAGUGCAGUCCACUUUUCGGGGCAGAAGUGGUAGGGGUCAGAGAGGCCAGUCUGAACGCUCUACUACGCAGGCCCAUCCUGGGGCCACCCAUUCUUUUAUUGCACAUAGUUUCUUACCAUAUGCCAGUGUUAGACCGACACCCAUGGCAGGAAGUUUUAGUAUCUCGUUGCCUACAGGCGAUGUUCUGUUUGCGGACAUGGUUUUCAAGGGUUGUUAUGUCCAAGUGGGUGAUGCCAUGUUGGAAGUCAAUUUGAUUCCUUUGGAGUUAGUUGACCUUGACAUCAUCUUGGGAAUGGAUUGGUUGGAAAAGCAUUGUGCAUCAGUGGAUUGUUUUCAAAAAGAGGUUGUAUUUAGAAGUCCUGGACAACCCGAAGUAGUAUUCCGUGGAGAGCGUAGUGUUCUCCCAUCUUGUCUUAUCUCCACCAUAAGGGUAAAAAGGUUACUCAAGAAGGGUUGUCUGGGAUACUUAGCUCACAUAAUUGAUACUCAAGGGUUCACUCUGAAUCUGGAAGAUGUUCCUAUGGUUUGUGAAUUCCCAGAUGUCUUCCCAGACGAUCUCCCUGGUUUGCCUCCCCAGAGAGAAACCGAAUUCACUAUUGAACUCCUUCCAGGCACGAAUCCAAUUCAUCAAGCUCCUUAUAGAAUGGCACCAGCAGAGUUGUGUGAGUUGAAGAUUCAAUUGCAGGAAUUGAAGGAUGGAAGCAUGAGGCUUUGUAUCGACUACAGGCAGUUGAACAAGGUGACAGUGCGUAAUCGAUAUCCUUUGCCUCGAAUUGAUGACUUGUUUGAUCAGUUGAAGGGUGCCAAAGUACGAGAAGAUGAUAUUCCCAAGACAGCAUUCAGGACUCGUUACAGCCAUUACGAGUUCUUAGUGAUGCCUUUCGGGUUGACAAAUGCUCCAGCAGCGUUUAUGGAUCUCAUGAACAGAGUGUUCCGACCUUACUUGGAUCGCUUUGUGAUUGUGUUCAUAGACAACAUCCUUGUUUAUUCCCGAACUGGUGAGGGUCAUAAGAAACAUUUGAGGUUGGUGUUGAAGACUUUGAGAAGAAAGCAGCUUUAUGCCAAGUUAAGUAAGUGUCAGUUUUGGUUGGAUAGAGUGGACUUCCUUGGACAUGUGAUUUCAGCAGAAGGAAUCUAUGUAGACCCUCGUAAAGUGGAAGCUGUUGUGAAUUGGGUGCAACCCACAAGUGUAACAGAAAUACGGAGUUUCCUGGGGUUAGUGGGCUACUAUCGUCGAUUUGUAGAAGGGUUCUCUUCUAUAGCAGCACCUCUUACUCGGUUGACGAGGAAGGAUGUUAAGUUUGAGUGGACGGAGGAGUGCGAGCAAGGUUUUCAGGAGCUGAAGAAGCGGUUAACCACCGCACCUAUUCUGGCUCUUCCGGAUAACUCGAGGAACUUUGUGAUCUACAGUGACGCAUCUUUACAAGGCCUGGGAUGUGUUCUGAUGCAGCAUGACCGGGUGAUUGCUUAUGCCUCGAGGCAACUCAAGAAGCACGAGCAGAAUUAUCCUGUCCAUGACUUGGAACUUGCUGCAGUGGUGUUUGCCCUCAAGAUUUUGUGGUAUUACCUGUAUGGUGAGACGUGUCAGAUCUUCAUUGAUCACAAGAGCUCAAGUACUUUUUCACUUAGAAGGAGCUGA